CCGUUGGUUGGAUGGAUAUAGAACCCUUAGUUCGUAUUCCUCUCCCUGUCUGCCAGGAACCCCUGCCUUGUGCUUGCCUGCUUCACUGCUUUGUUACGUUGCCUGCCUGUGUACUUGUUUGGUUCCUUGUUCGAUCAGUUGCUACGUAUAUGGUGAACUACGUCAUUGGUUCUUCUUGGCUCUGGUAUCCCUCAGUGCUGCUUCCUUGAGGUGUACGUAUCUUGGAACCGGAUAUCAUUAUUUUAUGGUUCGUGUAGAAUUCUCGGGAACCUCGUGAUAACGUCGCGACGGGGAUGUCUUGUGUACGUCAACAGGUUCGCCAACUGUGAGACUUUGUACUGUGAGGAAACACGUGGUCGGGGUACCACGUGCGCCACCACGCCGGAAACCACGUGGUCCCCGUUCUCCAAUGGACCGGACUUCUCUUACCCCUUCUACGUUCUACCGUUAUCUAUGGUAGUUCAUUCGAUAUUUCGUCUACGUGCAAGUUUUAUUGGACUUCUUAUCAUUCAGAAGGUGCUUCAUUUUUUGGUGCAUUUUUUUGGACUUCGAGAAUUUAUGUGUCUGAGGUGUUUUUUUUUUAUUAUUAACCAUCGAUGACGGUCAUAUAAUGGAAAUACACGGUAUAACGAAUAACUUGAAAAUGUUGCUCGCACGUUGCGAAGAGUUCCGAAGAUUUUCAAUGGAAAACAAAUAAAUGAAUGAAGAAUGUCAUAAUGCCAACAAUGUGAAAGAUAAAUGUCAGAUGCGUAAUGAGUGUCCGAGAAAUCAGGUGAAAGAAGAGAGAAGGUGAAACAGAUCGAAAGUGUAUCUAGAUGGCGCUUAGGGAUCACAAAAUGGCCGCAGCAAGGAUGGAAAUAAUGGCGAGUACACUCAGCCUACGCCAUCGUGUCCUCAUGUCCUCAAAGAGAUUGUGAAGGCCUUUCGUGUACGCGACAAGGAAUACAAAGUACAUCGUAGGCGCAUUCCAAGAGAUGACUGGCAUUGAAAUCUGCCUUCGAGAGUGCCGCACCCGCCUGCCUCUCGUCUAUGACCUGAAUACAGAAGAUGGCCGCCAUAUUAGGUUCCCCUCUUCGUCGUUCCCCCGCUACCAACCGCUUCACUUCUUCGCUUCUUCGUCUCUCUUUAUCUUCUCGUUCUCCAAUGGCUCCGAGGAUCGCUUCUUCGGAAAUUGUGCCUUUUCUGUGCUACCAAAACAUAACAUACCAAGUUGUAACAAAAUAUCUGCAGACCCUGAACCAUCCAGAGCAACACUAGGACUAAGGGAUGCUAACAAAAAAAAAUUAAUUUAAGGGUGGCGAUUUUAGAACGACAUUAACACAAUUAUACAAAAUUUCGAACACCUGUGAUUGGUUUUCAAGACAAAAUGGACACUUUACUACGUAUUUACGUGUCUGUCCUCAUUUUCCUGCCUACAUUCCACUUUUUCAUUAUUUUACUACGAGGAAGUCGGUAAUACGAAUCUCUUGGAGAUCAGGACAGCGAGAGGGUGCGGACACGCAGAACAGGGAGAAUAGGACCCAAGGGGUGAUUAGCGGGACAAAAGCCGGCGCCGCUACAAGUGGAGUCAAAUUGGUAGAAAAUUGAUAAUCAACCACCAAUAUCAACCUCCAAAACCAUACAAGGCUGGGUGCGAGAGGCAGGGGAUGAUUUUCGAAGGACCGACCAGGCACCAAACGUGCCUCAACCCCCAUUACGGACAACAUAUCCAGCAUGACAAAAUUUAUAUUAGAACCACUAAUGGAAGAUCCAGUACAACCAAAAACAUCAGAAUGGAAGCGACCGGAGCAAGUGAUGCAGUUGCAUCGAUUGAAGAUGAAGAAACGUGCUUUGCAAGCUCGUAUAAACAAAACCAGUAUAGGAAACGCAUCCUCAUCAAGUUCUAAUCCUUUUGGAAACUCUUCUUCUUUAAAUGGUACUUCAAUAUCACAAAAAAGAAAAAAUCCUUUUGCCAAAUACGAUCCAAACAAAAAGCCUAAAGAGGUGGAACUGCCAGAACUAGAAACAAGUGGUGACUCAGUAUUAUUCGAGUUACUAAGAUUAAAAAGACCAGAAAAUGAGAAACCUUUAGUCCCCAAUAACUCAAGUCUUUCCUUUGCAAGUAUUUUAACUAAACUAGAAAACAAGGAAGUAAUUGAACCAGAAGUACCUAAAGUGGAGCAAUAUAUACCUAUAGACUGGACAUUAAACACAAAAAUGCGUUUCAUGUCUCCCAAACCAUUUCCAUGGAAUGGCAAGUUAAAAACUAGCGAAGAGGCAUCAGGCACUACAGGAUUUGUACGCUGUUUAAAUAUUGGAGAAAAAGAAACAACGUUGGACACAACGCCAAAUGCAAGGUUUCAUCAAUGCUGUCUAGUGUGGCAGCACCCAUCCUUACCAUGGCUGGAACUGUUCCCUCGUACUGCAGGGAAAGUAAGUGCGAGUCUCGCGAGCAAUUCCGUUAUAGCUAAUAGUCAAAUCAUCAAGGAUGCACUCUAUAGAGAGUGGAGUGAGAGUUUUCGUUCUCUUUUCCAUCUCUUACGAGCAAGACAAUGUCCAUAUUUCUACGUCUGCACCAAUACUUUCACUACACUUUUUCGAGCAGCUGGAAUUUGUGGCUCGUCCGAAAUUCAUGCUUUAUUGACGCCCACAACAAGGGGUUUUCGACAAUCCUUAAAGCAGGAAGAUAUCGAAUUCACAAUGCCCUUAACAAAAGACAAUAAGAGACGAUCUGACGUCACAGAUUCAGGAUGCGAGACUUUGGAUUCCUUUAAAUCUACAACUCUUUCCGUGAAAGAAGAUGAGGAUGAAGAUGAGCCUGAAGAAAAAUGGUUGCAGAGCUUAGGAGUAGAGGAUUCUGAGAUUCGUAAAAUUAAUUCUUCGCAGGCUCGAAUGGCCCUGGAAAAAGAAACUGAAGUGGACAACUUAAAACAAUCCUUAAUAUUUGUACAAGGUGUCGAAGCUCAGGCACUGUUUAAUUUCUUAAUUAAUUGCAAAUCUGCAACUGCUACCACUGGUGCCCUGGCUGGCGUACCUCCAACACUUUUAUCACCAGUUGCAUUUCAUGGUGCUACGCUAAAGUCAUUAAAGGUAAAAGAGAGCAUCGUACGAGUAGAAAAGGAUACAUUUCAUUCCAUAGAAUUACGAGGACCUUUACUCCCGCACGUACUACCGUCAUUAUGUUACAUGAUGAAAUCUAGUCAAUUAGAGCAGUUCUCUGUUAGCUGUGCCCAAUUGAAUGCGACAACGUCCUUUUCAUUGGCUAAUCAUGGGAACGGCGAACAAUCAGAAUUAAAAGAUGCCGAGAAAAUGCAGCAAAGUGUAUUUGGCCAGGAAAAUCUCAGUGAUUGCGGCUUCAGCGAAGAAUUGUUAUCACAUUUUUGUCAUCCAGAUCCAAAACGUAUACAAAAUCUUGAAAGUUUGAAAUUUUCUAACGACGGUUACAAUUGGUCCUGAAUGAUGAUAUCAUUUAGCUCAUUACUUGGCAAUGGAUAAAUGUGUACAGUACAAAAGUUGCGAACUCUAGGAAAGCUUGCGGCGUAAUGGAAGUUCGUUUGAGAAGUUUGGAGGCACGCGAGCAUCUACCGUCGGUUACCCGAACCAC